CUUCCUUUUAACCCUACCGACAAGCGAACGGCAUUGACCUAUUUAGAUAGAGAUGGGAAAAUGCACAGGGUCAGCAAAGGUGCUCCAGAGCAGAUUCUAAAUCUUGCCCAUAAUAAAUCGGAAAUAGAGAGAAGGGUACAUGCUGUGAUUGAUAAAUUUGCAGAAAGAGGAUUGAGGUCACUAGCUGUGGCAUACCAGGAAGUUCCAGAGGGAAGGAAAGAGAGUCCUGGGGGGCCGUGGCAAUUUAUUGGUCUCAUGCCUCUCUUUGACCCACCCAGACAUGACAGUGCAGAGACUAUAAGAAGAGCUUUAAAUCUUGGAGUGAAUGUUAAAAUGAUCACUGGAGAUCAACUUGCAAUAGGAAGAGAAACUGGACGAAGGUUAGGAAUGGGAACAAACAUGUACCCUUCAUCUGCUUUGCUGGGACAGAACAAAGAUGAAUCUAUUGCUGCUUUACCAGUCGAUGAGCUCAUAGAGAAAGCUGAUGGUUUUGCGGGUGUUUUCCCUGAGCACAAAUACGAAAUAGUAAAGCGCUUGCAAGCCAGGAAACAUAUCUGUGGAAUGACGGGUGACGGAGUAAACGAUGCUCCUGCUCUGAAGAAGGCUGAUAUUGGGAUUGCUGUUGCUGACGCAACUGAUGCUGCUCGUAGUGCUUCUGACAUUGUCCUUACUGAACCUGGUCUGAGUGUUAUAAUUAGUGCUGUUUUGACCAGUCGGGCAAUCUUCCAGAGGAUGAAAAAUUACACGGUACAACCUAUCUCGCAAUAUUAUUGUUCAUUUUAGUGUCUUGUAUGAUUCUCUGUGCACAU